AUUUGUGGGUGUAUACGUUGAAGUGAGCCGCUCGUUUUUUUUACAAAUUCUAUACGAAUUAUUGGUUCUCUUUUCGCUUGGAGGAGAUUGAAAUCAAAAUAUUUAUUAAAAAAAAUUAACAGUCAAAUAACCAACAAAAAAAACAUGUCAACACUAACUUCGAAUCAGAUGACAACUUCAACUAUCGAAUUGAAUCCAACAAUACAAUGCAAUGAUUUAAAAGCUUUCGAACGUCGACUUAUGGAAACGAUAUUGCAACAAAAACCACGCGAACGUUUAUGGCGUAUCGUUUUGGCUAUUAGCCUUACAUCCACUGCAAUUAGUUCAUAUUUUUGGCUACAAGAUUCAAUGAAUCCAUCCAGUAAUCAUGAUAAACAUUUUCAGUCAAAAAAUUCAAUGAUAUCGAUAUCGGAUGAUAGUCAGACAUUAGUCGAACAUCAUGAGCUUAUUCAUGUUGAAGAAUUGACAUUUAUUCAAUCACUUGCCAAACAUUAUUUUUUCACUAUUAAUUGUGUGAUUCUAAUCGCUCUGUUUGUUUUCGGUAUUCAUCAACGAGUCAUACAGACAAAUAUAAUCGUAAAUCGGAUACGUGAAGUUCUUUACGAUUUUGCCUUAUCUUGUGAUGAUCAAGGAAAAUUGAUAGUGAAACAAAAAUAUUCCCGCCCAUUAUCAACGACUUCUUUAAUGUUUUCAUCAAAUAAUAGUUUCAAUCAUUCAGCUUUUCAUCUGAAUUCAAGUCCGGUAACACAAGUGAUGCCCAAUUCAAAUAUUCAACGUAGACCUUAGCCUGUACAAAUUAUCAAUACAACUAUGACGAUCUCCAAUUUUUUUCUUAUUUUUGUCCCAUGUGUUAUAUGUUCAUAUAUGAAACAAACAACUGUUCAAUCAAUCUUCAUACUAAAUGAAUCCUCGAAGCCGGAAUUAAUCUCCAAUAUCUGACACAAUAUAUACCUCAAGUCACAUUUCUUUCAUUUCCGAAUCGACGUCGAAAUUAAGCAAAAAUAUUCUUAACAAUAUAACCAUGUAUAUUAUUUUUUCCUAUAAUAAGCGAUAUGAAAAUUAUAUAAAGUUAAUAUUUUCAA